ACUCUUGUCACAAUCUCUAGAAGUCAUCAUAAGAGGCACUAGGCUAGUUGCAUUGUGGAAACUGGGAUCCUGGUAGGAAAUCUAUUCCUGGAAGAAGAACCAGAUUUCCUAUAGGGCUACAGUGAUGGAUCUAGCUCAAGAAUGGGCAUUGAUAUGGUAGGAAGGAUCGUGGCACAUGUCAUAGUUGUUCUAAUACUCCCAUUAAAAUGAAAUAAAAAAGGAUAAUUAUUUUUCCACAACCCCUUUCUGUUCACAGGAUAAAUUUGUGGUUAAAGAAGAAGCCAAGAAGAAGGCAAGGAAAAGAGAUUUCAUGAUGACUCACCUGAGCAGCACUUCCUCACUUCCUUUCACUGACAGGGAAGCAGGUUUUGAAGAACAAGGAAACACUUCAGCCUUCCCUGAUUAUGAUGAUUAUGUUGAUUAUGAUGAUAUAUUUCAGGGAACAAAUGUAGUCACAUUGUUUCUUAUUUCCAUCUUUUAUUUAAUAUGUGCACUGGGGCUGAUGGGUAAUGGAACUGUACUCUGGUAUCUCUGUUUUGUUAUUAAGAAGAAUCCCAUCACCACCUACGUCCUGAACCUAGCUGCAGCUGAUUCUGCUGUGCUCAUUUGUUUGCUUUGCAUAACUUUACUUUCCCUUUUAAAGGAAACAAAUAAUUCCAUCAUAGUGAUAUUACAUUGUUUCUUCCUUGCCUAUUCCAUUAGCCAAUAUCUACUGACAGCUAUUAGUAUUGAGAAAUGUCUUUCUGUCAUUUUCCCAAUCUGGUAUCGAUGUCACCGACCAGAAUGCCUUUCUGCUAUUAUUUGUGUCCUUCUAUGGAUCAUGCCCUUUCUGUUUCUUGGACUACUUGUCUUCAUAAAUGAGAAUUUUAAAGUCAGUCAGAGCAUCUGCAUUAUUAACUUUAUACUUUGUACUCCACUUGUGAUCAUGUCCACUGCAGUUCUUUUUAUUAGAGUGUUCUGCAGCCUACAUCGUCGAGAGCGUGGAAGAUUCUACAUUGUUCUCCUGAUUACUCUUUUCGUCUUCCUCCUUUUUGGAACUCCACUUAGUAUUAUGUUCAUUUGUAUUUCUUUUGGAUAUUUGAAUUAUAUGUAUAUGGUUAUAUCUCUGAUGGGUGCCUGCAUUAACAGCAGUGUCAAUCCACUGAUUUAUUUCCUAAUUGGGAGGAAAAAAAUGCAUCAGUCCAAAGAAACCUUAAAACUGAUAUUCCAAAGAGUUUUUAGUGAUAAUGUAGGCUGCAGAGAGAGUGGGCAAUCCGCCUAAACAUAUUUGUCAGUAUGAAACUGGAGGUGGGCCUAGCUGCAAAAUUCUGCUUUGACAGAUAUGCUGUUAUCAUCUAUGCCAGUGUGCUUCUUCGUCAUGGACUUGGGCUUGUGCAAUAAUUUUUUUUGAUGUCUAUAACAGUGCAUUACCCUGGUUCUCUGUUAUAAAAUUCUUAAAGGCACCACUCUGUAGUGAUUUGAGCAUUGCAUUACAACUCUGCAGAUCAUAGCCUGAAUUCCCACUUUGCCAUAGACCUUGGGCAAGUAAAAUUCUCCUAGUUUCAGAGGAAGAUAAAAGCAUUAUCCCUCUGAAUAAAUUUUCGCCAGAAAAUCUCCACAAUAGAUUUGCCAUCUGUGAAAAAUGACUAAGACACACUACAAUGGUGGUGGCAGCAGAAACAACAUUUAAAAUAGUCCUGUUUAUGCCCCUGAACUGCAAUAUUUCAGCCCUCUGAAAAGACUAAGAAUUAACUCAUGUAACUGGAAAUGCCUAGAUUUUCAAUAAUGGAGCCAUGGAAGUUAGAGUUGUAUGAAAAUGGUAUAAAUUGUACAUGCCCCCUUUAGCUGGUUGCUGCAUUCCUUAUAUCUAUUGUGUCAGGGCUGUAGUUUAGUAUUCAUUCUGCUUAAUCAAUGUAUUUUAUUCUUGUUUUAUUUUACAUGCUGUACAAUGUGUGCGCAAGAGAUUAUGUUAUAAGGACGCUAACAAAAAUACAAUACUGAAAAUGC